CAGAGCCGGAAACGCGCAAUGGAGAGCAAGAUGGCGGACCUCGAGUCCCCUCAGAAACUGUCAGGGAUUUCUCCGCCUGAGGGGAUGGGAGGAGGCCGCUGCUCGGAAAUCUCCACCGAGCUCAUUCGCUCCCUGACCGAGCUGCAGGAGCUGGAAGCUGUAUACGAACGGCUCUGCGGCGAGGAGAAAGUGGUAGAGAGAGAACUGGAUGCUCUUUUGGAACAGCAAAACACCAUUGAAAGUAAAAUGGUCACUCUCCACCGGAUGGGUCCCAACCUGCAGUUGAUUGAAGGAGAUGCAAAGCAGCUAGCUGGUAUGAUCACCUUUACCUGCAACCUAGCUGAGAAUGUGUCCAGCAAAGUCCGUCAACUUGACCUGGCUAAGAACCGCCUCUAUCAAGCCAUUCAGAGAGCUGAUGAUAUCUUGGACCUUAAGUUCUGCAUGGAUGGAGUUCAGACUGCUUUGAGGAAUGAAGAUUAUGAGCAGGCUGCUGCCCAUAUUCAUCGCUACUUGUGCCUGGACAAAUCAGUCAUUGAGCUCAGCCGACAGGGCAAAGAAGGCAGCAUGAUUGAUGCCAACCUGAAAUUGCUACAGGAAGCUGAGCAACGUCUCAAAGCCAUUGUAACAGAGAAGUUUGCCAUCGCUACUAAGGAAGGGGAUCUGCCCCAGGUGGAGCGCUUCUUCAAGAUCUUCCCACUGCUGGGUCUGCAUGAGGAGGGAUUAAGCAAGUUCUCAGAAUACCUUUGCAAGCAGGUGGCCAGUAAAGCUGAAGAGAAUCUACUGUUGGUGCUAGGGACAGAUAUGCGUGACCGGAGGGCUGCAGUCAUCUUUGCAGACACACUCACUCUUCUGUUUGAAGGUAUUGCCCGCAUUGUAGAGACCCACCAACCAAUAGUGGAGACGUAUUAUGGGCCAGGGAGACUUUACACCCUCAUAAAAUACCUGCAGGUGGAAUGUGACAGACAAGUGGAGAAGGUGGUAGACAAGUUUGUCAAGCAGAGGGACUACCACCAGCAGUUCCGGCAUGUCCAGAACAACUUGAUGAGAAAUUCUACAACAGAAAAAAUAGAACCAAGGGAACUGGACCCUAUCUUGACGGAGGUCACCCUAAUGAAUGCCCGCAGUGAGUUGUACUUACGCUUCCUCAGGAAGAGGAUCAGCUCUGAUUUUGAGGUGGGGGACUCCAUGGCCUCAGAAGAAGUAAAGCAGGAGCACCAGAAGUGUCUGGACAAACUCCUCAAUAACUGCCUAUUAAGCUGUACCAUGCAGGAGCUAAUUGGUUUCUAUAUUACCAUGGAGGAGUACUUCAUGAGAGAGACUGUCAAUAAGGCUGUGGCUCUGGACACCUAUGAGAAGGGCCAGUUGACAUCUAGCAUGGUGGAUGAUGUCUUCUACAUUGUUAAGAAGUGCAUUGGGCGGGCUCUGUCUAGCUCCAGCAUCGACUGUCUCUGUGCCAUGAUCAACCUUGCCACCACAGAACUGGAGUCUGACUUCAGGGAUGUUUUGUGUAACAAGCUGCGGAUGGGCUUCCCGGCCACCACCUUACAGGACAUCCAGCGUGGGGUGACGAGUGCUGUGAACAUCAUGCACAGCAGCCUCCAGCAAGGCAAAUUUGACACAAAAGGCAUUGAGAGCACUGACGAGGCCAAGCUUUCCUUCCUGGUGACCCUGAACAACGUGGAAGUCUGCAGUGAGAACAUCUCCACGCUGAAGAAGACGCUGGAGAGUGACUGCACCAAGCUGUUCAGCCAGGGCAUCGGAGGGGAGCAGGCCCAGGCCAAAUUUGACAGCUGCCUUUCUGACUUGGCUGCCGUGUCCAACAAAUUCCGAGACCUCUUGCAGGAAGGGUUGACGGAGCUAAACAGCACAGCCAUCAAGCCACAGGUGCAGCCUUGGAUCAAUACCUUCUUAUCUGUCUCCCACAACAUCGAGGAGGAAGAAUUCAAUGACUAUGAGGCCAAUGAUCCUUGGGUACAACAGUUUAUCCUUAACCUGGAGCAACAGAUGGCAGAGUUCAAGGCCAGCCUGUCCCCAGUCAUCUAUGACAGCCUGACCAGCCUCAUGACCAGCCUUGUUGCCGUCGAGUUGGAGAGAGUGGUGCUGAAAUCUACCUUUAACCGGCUGGGCGGUCUGCAGUUUGAUAAGGAGCUGAGGUCACUCAUUGCCUACCUUACCACAGUGACCACCUGGACCAUCCGAGACAAGUUUGCCCGGCUCUCCCAGAUGGCCACAAUCCUCAAUCUGGAGCGGGUCACCGAGAUCCUAGAUUACUGGGGCGCCAACUCUGGCCCACUGACGUGGCGCCUCACCCCUGCUGAAGUCCGCCAGGUGCUGGCUCUGCGCAUGGACUUCCGCAGCGAGGACAUCAAGAGGCUUCGCCUGUAACUGCCAGGGGGAAGCCCACUUGGCCCAUCAUACUUCAGGGCCCAUUCCCUAAGUAGCCAUAGCCAAGAAGCUGAGUAAGACUGUCUGGCUUGAGGAGCUCGGACAGGCCCAAAUAUUCACUGUGGGCAGUAGGAAACAAGGCUCAACUCACUGUGUUGUCUGCACUCAGACCUGUCUGGGUGGUGCUUUGCAGGCAGCUUCUACCCACCAGAAGUGAAUCCUCCUGGGCUAUUAAUUAUAUGGGAAAGCCAAGGCAGGCCAGCCUUUUAUAUGGGUGGUCAUUUUCUCAUCCUUAGACACUACAGCAAACGAGCUGCCUCAGGGCCAGCCCUAAAUUUAGGACUUGGGUAUAUCUGGGAACCUGGGCAAUUAGGUUUAUUCCCAAGGAGAGGUUGUGAUGUUUAUGAUCACCCUGAAUAAAGAUACUCCUUAGAAGA